CAAUUUUAAAUUCUUCACCAUUCAUUCUUCUUCUUGACUAUGGAAUCCUCAAGCAUUCUUCCACUGUCUAACCUUUCUAUUUUCUGUCAGAAACCCCAUGGAACCACCUUUGGAGCUCUUCCUUUUAGUUUUAAACAAUUGAAGACAACAUCUAACAUCACUCUUACAAAUUGUCAAAAGAUGCACGUCUCGGGAUUUGGAGAAGCAUCACCAGAAACCAAAGCAGCAAAAAAUCUUCACAAUUUCUUUACAUAUGUUGCAGUCAGGAUUGUCAUUGCACAGCUUGCGGACACCACUCCUGAGGCCCAUAAGGACUUGCUGGAGUUUGUGGAUAGACACUCUUUGAAUGAUGGUGAUAAAUUUUGUGCAGCGUUAAUGCGCGAAUCACCAAACCAUAAAAAGCUAGCUAUGAGAAUAUUGGAGGUUCGAUCUGCGUACUGCAACAGAGAUUUUGAGUGGGACAACUUAGAACGAUUAGCUAAAAAGAUGGCCGAUGAAGCUAACACGAAAAUUAUGAGGGAUUACGUGUUGGAAACAAGUCAUGUAGAUAACGAAAAAUGAAGUUGGUCAUCUGAUGGAUAAUAUACUGUUUCGUUUUCCAUCAAGUAUUGCAUACAAUCAUGUAUGUUUACAUUUCAUGUAAUGCAUCAUGUCAUACUUUAUUCGAAUAAAGGUGACAUAUUACAAAGUAUUUACAGAAGCCGGUUACAUAGUGUGCACCUGUAUGAUGAGACAGAACAUAUUCUUCUCCGUCCACAAACACUGCUUAAUUUAUUGGAUCUUCAUUUCUCUC